AUGACUUCUGAAAACAGCACACCACCAGUCAACACGUCUCCAACUGUGUCUAGUACAUUUUCAGAAAUCAGAACCAUGAUGACUACAGAAAGCAGCACACCAUUUGUCAACACGUCUCCAACUGUGUCUAGUACAUCUCCAGAAAUCUUUACCAUGAUGACUUCUGAAAACAGCACACCACCAGUCAACACGUCUCCAACAUUGCCUAGUGCAUCUCAAGACAUCAGUACCAUGAUGACUACUGAAAGCAGCACACUAUCAGUCAACACAUCUCCAAAUGUGUCUAGUACAUCUCCAGACAUCAGCACCAUGACGACCACUGAAAGCAGCACACAAUCAGUCAACUCGUCUCCGACAUUGUCUAGUACAUCCCGUGACAUCAGUACCAUGAUGACUAUUGAAAGCAGCUCACCAUCAGUCAACACGUAUACAACUGUGUAUAGUACAUCUCAAGACAUCAAUACCAUGAUGACUACUGAAAGCAGCACUUCAUCAGUCAACACAUCUACAACAUUGUCUAGUACAUCUCCAGACAUCAGUACUAUGAUGACUACUGAAAGCAGCACACCAUCAGUCAAUACGUCUCCAAAAUUGACUAGUACAUCUCCAGACAUCAGUACCAUGACGACCACUGAAAACAGCACACCAUUAUUCAACAUGUCUCCAACAUUGUCUAUACAUCUCCACACAUCAGUACCAUGA